AGCAUGCACACGUUCCUGGCCUUGGUGCUCCUUGCACUGGCGUACGCGCUAGCCCGCCCAUCUGCGCCAGCGGAAAAGCGCAUGAUGUUGUCUGAGAUCCCGCCGCACGAGUUCUACGAGAAGUACCUGGUGCGUCGAGCCCUGAUCCCCAACUACUACUUGGACGACCUGCCGCGAUACGAGCCACAUCUCAACGAGGAUCUGCUAGAUAAGGAAAUCGACAUGAUCAACCGGAUGAACAUGCGGGAGAGACUACCAAUGAUACACCCAGCAGCAUUCCCAUACUGGAUACAAGGUUACCCUCAAAUCCCCUUGCUGGAACCCGUCGUACCCGACUUGCAACCAAUAAACUUACAUCCAAUGAACCUGCAGCCCAUGAACAUGGAACCAAUGGACUAUCAUCCGAUGAACCUGCAUCCCAUGGGUGCUAUGUAUGAAUCACAUGAAGUCGCAACCCAUGAUGUACAAACGAAUAUGGUGAAGAAAGACAAAACGGAGAAAGAAAUUAAGACGACCAGUAAUACACCUGUGAAUAUUGCGAGUGAAAAAAAGAAGACCAAAAUUACAAAAGAAGAAAAGAAUAAGCACAAAUUUGCGUUAACGCCUUUUGAGGCCGGCUACUACGACCACAAAGAUAAAGUUCAUGGGACAGUAGAAUACAUCGAGAAGCCAAAGUCUGCAAUUGGACCCAUGGCCGCAGCGCAGAUUCUUGAGCCCCUCUCGCCUCGCCAAACCCGUCAGAACCCAAACCUUAGCAAAACGAAGACACUCGUAGCCGAAAAUCUCGAGCGCCUCCGCAUCGGCCUGGCAAAUAAGGAACUGCGAAUUCCCGUCUCCUUAGUACCACUAAAUCUCCGCUGGUUGAAAAAAUACGAACCUCAUGAUCACGAGAGUCCUCAAGACAAAAGUGUUGGGACAGACAAGCCUCCACAUUUCCAUGUCUUGGAGACACCAACUGCGGAUCCGGCCGAGUCUCUCUUCGGUGUGGCCCUCCUAGCGGCUGUAGGGGCUUCAUUGGCUAUGGCCCUCAUCGCGUUCGGCAUUGGAUGGUAUACGCUAUCGAAGAAGGCGAAGGCGGCGGCCGACGUGGACUAUCCGGCGUACGGCGUGACCGGGCCCACUAUCGACGCGACCGGCGACCGCAAGCUCGCCCACUCCGCACACAUGUACCACUACCAGCACCAGAAACAACAGAUCAUCGCUAUGGAACGGUCCGGCAUGGAUCAGCGCAACGGCUCUGUAUCCGACCCUGAGUCUGAGGAAGAGAAUGAGGAGGGCGACUACACCGUGUACGAGUGCCCUGGAUUCGCCACUACCGGGGACAUGGAGGUGAAGAACCCUCUUUUCCAGGACGAGACCACCCCUGCCACCCCCGGCAAGGCGGAGAAGCCCCAAAAGGAAUAAUUACUACCCCUUCGCCGCAGCGGCGACUUCUACGCGUACAGAAACAUCCUCUCCCCAAUGUACCUCGUACGCAACUUCGGCACACCCAACUUCUUCCUGAUGCUCAUGACUAGAUACCGACGCUCUUAAAGACCCCUGGAUUCGACCGCCUCCUAGACUACAGGUUCUUAAAAUAGGUGUUGCUCUUAGACUCAACUGCCUCCUAAACUAUAAUACCGACGUUCUUAAAAUAAGAGGCUCUUAGACUUAAAAACGUUGACGUUUUUAAUCUGGCUCCUAGACUCAUGUGCCUCCUAGACUACAGAUACCGAUGAUCUUAAUCAGGGUCGCUUGAACUGACUCUAGCGACGCUGAUGAAGAUUAUCGGAUCAAGAAGUCAGAUACCUAUAGUCACAUGAGCAGUCAAUGCUCUAUGUUUAGUUACAGUGCUAAACUCAGUCUUAAUACUAUGUUUAGUUUACCUACUGCUGAAUUCUGCUGCAACAGUAUGCAUAGAAAUUAAACUAGCUCAAUUUUACGACUCUCUUUCAUUUAAUGAUUACUUACUAUAAAUUUAAUAAAGACCUGCAUUAGCUAUCAAACUGUUAAAUCAAAGUUAAGUAGUCUCUGAGUGCGGUCGUUAUCUAUACCUUUAAAGCCUUUGGAGCUCUUAGUCACGCCACUUCAACAAACGUUGAUCAAAAAAAAUCCGCGUAUAUUAGAUUGCUCUACGCUUGAAGCCACGCUUAAAUAAUUUGAUCGGCUUUUAAAGUUGUCGACCUUCAGGUCUUGUGCAUAUGGAAAAACUAUUCAUGGUGUUGAAGUUUAUAGUUGGGUAUUUGACCAAAUUAUUUCAGCGUGUGUGACGGGCAUUACUAUGUGUCAAAUUUAACUUAAUCAUGCCAAUAUCGGUGCUGUAUGCGGCAAAUCGCGAAAGACUGUUGCGACUUUGACCUCUUUAAAUUAAAAAGAAAUAGUGAAGUACACUCUAAAAGUGAAAAUAUAAUUGAGAAUUCGGACUCUAAUAAAAAAAGAUCGGCACGUAUAAGCACGAAAACGAUUUCGAUUGAACGGAUAUGAAUUAUACUUAACUAGCGUAAAAGUGUAUAACAGAUCAUAUUUUAUUACUUUUAUUAGUAAUGAAAAAUGUGUAAUGUGUGUAAAUUUUACAUUUUAUUUUGUCAUACCUACGGCCUAUUUUUCUGAGUUUCGAGUUGUAUGCAUCUCUCAGUACGUACAACCAUGAACACUGACAUAUUUCACCUGUUGGUGGUAAUUUUACCGCCUCUUUUUGGAAAACGUCCUUUUGGUCGAGUCGAGUCAUAUU